AAGAAAGAUGGGGGCUGGGACCGACGCUGAGGAGUACUGUACUAUUUACCACCGUCUUUUUGAAUUGUUUCUAUAUGCAAAGGCUCUGCUCCUUGCCGCUCCAUCAUAUCCAGACAACCUUCCUCUCUCUUUCACUGCCAUUUUUCGAUAUUGCUUCCUCUAUGUUUUUACUUGAUUCUAAAGUCUCUUCUCCAUCCUACACCAGUAUCUCUCUCUCUCUCGCCCACAACCGAGCUUUUUCUGUCUUUCUUCUAUAUAUUCCUUCCCUCGUUCUCCUGCUGCAGCACCAGAACCAGACAUCCCUCCACUUCUCUCUCUCUCUCUCAUACAGACAAUUUAUGCGCAGAGAAACAAUGGGAGAGGUAAGGGUGUUCGAGAACACGGAAGAGCUCUCCACCAACCUCGCAGACCACGUGGCCCAACUCUCCGAGGCUGCCGUCAAGGAGAGGGGAGCCUUCUCUCUUGCUCUCUCUGGAGGGGACGUACCCAAGUUCUUGAGGAAGCUCUCAGGAGGGCCUUAUCUCAGAACCGUAGACUGGUCCAAGUGGCACGUCUUCUGGGCCGACGAGAACCUCGUCCCCAAGAGGCACCCCAGCUCCAACUACAGGCAGGCCAAAGAUGAUUUCCUCUCCAAGGUGCCGGUGCUUCCAGGGCACGUUUAUCCGGUGAACGUCGGGGUGCCCGGUGAGCGAGCGGCGGAGGAGUACGAGUUCGGGAUCCGCCAGCACGUCAGGAAUCGGACGGUGGACGUGUCGAGGCGCAGCGACUGCCCGAGGUUCGAUCUCGUCCUCCUGGCUGUGGGACCCGACGGCCGCGUCGCCUCCCUGCUUCCGGGUCACUCCCUCCUCGAGGAAGCGGAGGGCGAGGACCAAUGGGUCGCCCCCGUCGCCGGCUCGCCCGAGUGCGUCACUUUCACCCUCCCCGUCAUCAACUCCUCGGCCAACGUCGCGCUCGUCGCCUCCUCUUCCGCCCUCCGCUUGCCUCACGCUUCCCCCGCCAAGCGCAUCGCCCCAUUCGAAGGGAAGCUCGUCUGGUUCCUAGAUGCCGGUGCCUGCUCCUCGUGAAUCUAGGAUUUAUCCUCCCCGUCGAUCGAAAGCCCGUUCUGCACCUCUCUCUGAAUUCGCCGGUGAUUUUGUGUAUCCUGCGGGCUCCCCGGCCACCAGCUGUUUCUCUCUUUCUCCCCCACUCAAAUUCGCCGGAGUUUUUGUGCGACCCCUUGGGGGCUUCCGGCUCGAAUUAGUGCUUUUGGUUUCCUUUGUUGGAAGAAAUGGUAAACAGACUUGAAGGCUUCUGUAAAUCACUUACAGUGCCACAUGGAUGAUGGAUCCUUUCAAAUGGAGAUCGCUUGUGGCUUCAGUUACACGCUUAUUUAGACGACACGACAAGGCGCCUUUUUCUAAGGGCGGAUGGCUUUCCUUUGUGUUUGUGUGGUUUCGUUAGUCCCCUUGUGUGAGUCCAGGUUCCGAGUUGCAUCAAUCUACACAGUAGAUCGAUCGACCAAUGACUGUGCCGCGUUUUGAGCUUGUGUGGGCAGUUGCAGACACGGUUCACAUAUUAGACUCCCAUGAAAUUUGU